AUGCCCUCCCACCGACUUACCUUCCUUCAUCCGCACCGCACUUUCCCUUGUCUCUUUUAUUUUAGGAAACAAUGCACACAUGAUAAGGCAGAGAAAAUAAUCUAUUGUCUGUUCAUUAUCUAUCUAUCUAUCUAUCUAUCUAUAUAUAUAUAUAUAUAUAUAUAUAUAUAUAUAUAUAUAUAUAUAUAUAUAUAUUCAUAUAUAUAUCUAUCUAUCUAUCUAUCUAUCUAUCUAUCUAUCUAUCUAUUCACCCUCUCUGUUCAUCUAUCUGUCUAUCAGUCUAUUCAUCUAUCUAUCUAUCUAUCUAUCUAUCUAUCUAUCUAUCUAUUCAGUAUCUAUCUAUCUAUCUAUCUAUCUAUCUAUCUAGUAUCUAUCUGUCUGUUCAAUAUCUAUCUAUCUAUCUAUCUAUCUAUCUAUCUAUCUAUCUAUCUAUCUCUAUCUAUCUAUUCUUUUCUCUCUAUCUUAAACUUUUCCUCUUUCCUUUUCUUCUUCACAACUAUGUUCUUUAGAAUAUGUAUGUUUAUAAGUCUACACAUUACUUACAUAACUUGGUUUGUUCAUAUCUAUCUAUCUAUCUAUCUAUCUAUCUAUCUAUCUAUCUAUCUAUCUCUUAGCCUUUUUCUAUCUAACUUAUACAUUUCUUUCUUUCUAUUAUCUAUCUAUCUAUCUAUCUAUCUAUCUAUCUAUCUAUCUAUCUAUCUAUCUAUCUAUCUAUCUAUGUCUGUCACUCUCUCUGUUCAAUAUCAAUCUAUCAGUCUAUUCAGUAUCUAUCUAUCUAUCUAUCUGCGAGUGUGUGGCAAUUUAUUUGUCUAUUCUCUCGCUUGGUAUUUUCGUUACUUAUAUCUAUCUAUCUAUCUAUCUAUCUAUCUAUCUAUCUAUCUAUAUAUAUGA